AUGGCUCCCGCAUGUGUGACUUGCAAGAAGGCACCGCCCGAGGUCGCCAUCAAGCGCUGCGCCAAGUGCUCCUCAACACCCUACUGCUCUCGAGAGUGCCAGAAGGCCGAUUGGAAGAACCACCGCAAAGUCUGUGGGAAAGAAUCAGCGGGCUCUUCUUCCUCUCCCCCCUCCAACCGUGGUAGUCAAGCAUCUCCGCUGAAAGGGUUGGAGAAAUCCGUCACGAGACCCUUCACGAGAAUCACCAACGGCACCUGGCUUCACGAUCGCCCCGAGACUGAUGUUUAUCGAGUACUCAUCGAUGCAUAUCGCCUACGAGUCGAGGACGAAUACACAAUAGAUGGGAACAUCGACAAUGAUAGUCUCUACGGCGGGUCUGGAAGUGGCCUGAAGGGUUUCCAUCGGUUUGUCGACCGCGUUGCCUCACAUGCCGGUCUGCUCCCCUCAUGGUGGAAUGCCGAGAAAAGGGCCUGCUGCGAGAGACUUGGGAUGGACCCAUCACAGUGGCAGAAUCUAUGCCGCGCAGUUGAAAAGAGCGAUAUUAUUGAACACUAUGGGACGCCGUUUUUUCACAUGGAGCUCAGGAUGUUUGCAUGGAAGGUGCUUGGUACUGGCAUUGGCGGUCAGGAUGGGACCAUGGUGUUAGAGAUGUUGGCCUCCAGGGAAGUUGAUGAUGGGGGCAGCGGACAGAAUCCAGGCAAAUUGGCGGCAGUGGUGGAUCUCAAGACAAUGACGACAUCUAUUCUGUAG